UGAUUUCGCCAGCAUGAUCAAGACGCGCGGCGUGCUCGGCACCAAGGUCAUCACCCGCGGCGGCCUCGAGGCGGCGAUGGACCCGUUCGCGCUCUCCAUCUGCCGCGUCCAAGUUGCCGAGAUCGCACACGAGCAGAGCACGUGCUACGCCGUGCAGUCGCAGAACGCCAUCUCGGGCCGGUCCUGGGUCGUCUACCGGCGCUACUCGGACUUUGCCCUCUUCCGAGAGAAGCUGCUGUGCCAUUUCCAAGGCUUCGUCGAGGUCGUGCCCAAGGCCUUCAACCGCAUGAUGGGCCUGCCCUUCCCCAAGAAGCAGGCGUUUCCCCGCAAGGCGACGCUCCGAGCCCGCGAGGCCGCGUUCCUCGCGUUCAUCCGCGCCGUCCACGACAUUUUGUUGGACCCCGAGUACUUUUUGCACCACGACGUGAGCUACAUGGGGUUCGCGAUCUUCAAGGGCUUCCUCGGCAGCCGCCUCCACGUGCUCCACCACAACAUGUACCACGUGCAGAAGACAGUCCCGCAGCACCAACUGCCGCGACGCGAAAGGGCCUGCGUCAUCCAGUGCGGCACGCUCGCGACCAUCAUGGAAGAGCCCGCGCCGGUACUGGUUCUCAAGCGCAUCGCGUCGGACGAAGCCGAGAUGAGCAUGACCACGAGCGUCGCAUCCGACGACGACGACGACGACGAGGCGGAUCCGAGAUACACGCCAGCGCUCAAGCGCAAGUCGUCGUGGACGGCCAAGGCGCACCGCGUGCUCAGCGUCAAGCGGCUCUCCAAGAGCCAGCUCCUGCCUGCGGUCGCGUGAUGGAUAGCCGGUCGUCUCGCCCUCGUCGUGUGCAUGUAGCGUAUGUAAAUGCUGUUGUCAAUUGUAGUCUAUAGCUGUGGCAUCCAUUGCCUUGUCA